AUGACAACCACUCAACACCAGCAGAUGGUAUAGGAAUAUGUGUCCAUGGAGUUCUCCAGCUCCACCACCCACAUGGAGACCUUCUCCCAGACAACCGAGACCGUGGGAGGGAAGUGGAAGGGAAAAAAGAAGCAGGAGGUGACAAAUGAGAAGAUGCUGACAACUUGGCCCAAGGUACCCAAUAAGGACUUUGCAAAGGUCUGUACGGACUAUGGUUUCCCUGACUUGAAAGGGCUACUCCGAAAAAGGCAGAUGGUAAUUCUGAAGCCACUAGAAGAUGUAGAAACCAAGGUUGACACCACCAAUGUCUUCACCUGCAUCAUGGAGGUGAAGGACCAUCCUGAGAUGAUAUGGGUCAAGCCAAUCAAGAGGACACCUUCUGAUAUCCUUGAAAGAGGCUGGUUCCUAGACUUUGUUUCUAGUCAUUCUGUCAUUUUCAUUUUGAUCUAUGAGCCACUGAAGUUCAGGGAAGAAGUGAAACUAGUGGCUGUGACCAUGCGGACAGCUGUGUGGAGGGGACAGACCCACCCCUCCAAGGGAGAGAAUGACUCUGUGUGGCAGUUCAACAGGAAGGAGCUGAUGAAGGGUAACAAAUAUGAGAUCUCAGCGUCUGCGGAUGGUCUGACUCACACAGUUAAGAUCAAAGAUGCCAGACUCAGCAGCACGCAGGUUCUCUGCCCAGGCAGGAACUUGGUACAGAAGGGUCAUCUCACUGUCCAUUGUGAGUGGUUCAAGCAUCUAGCAAUCAUGAAGAGUGGCAUGUCGAACAUGCCCUCGGCCUGGGCUGAGUUGUGUAUAAUGCUGAAUGACAAAAGGGUGACUGAAGUAUAGCAGGGAGGACUGAGACAAGGAAGGGAGAAAGAGAUGUUGGCCCAUAUCACAGGCUUGCCUGGUAUGUCGGUGGUAAAGCAGGGUGAGGAAUACAUGCUGCUCUUCCGCAACAUGGGCACAAAGCAUGAAGGCAAACACACAUUCCAGGCAAAGGGCACGGAAAAUGAAGCCUACAUAUCCACUGCAUAUAAGGUCCCCUAAAGAUCUCCUUCCAUUGACUCAUCCAUCUGGAAAACACUAGCUUUCCGUGACCAUGAGAUGGGCUACACAGCUUACAUGAAGGCGCCCUUCCAAGCAAGGCUACUGCCCAAAGUGACCUGGUUCUAGGAGGGUAUGUAGGUGACCCAGAGGAAGCAUGUGCCCGUGGAUCUCAGAGACCUAGAUCUGCUCACUAUCUCCAAGUGUAUACAUAAAGGCAUCAGCUUGGUCCUGUUCAAUCUCAAGAACUACUAUCACACAAGUGGCACAAGAACUGCCACUGUGCACCUCAAAAUGCUGGAAGGCCAGCCUAUGAAAGUGGUGAUCAUGGUAGGAUGGAGAGCUGUUGGCAAGAAGUCCUGGAUUAGGACUGUGGAGAUGGAUGACAAAGCGGCCAACUUCACCGCCAAGGCAGAGAGGGAAAAGUUUACAUCUGCUAAUGGGCCAACGCUUGGCUACUCUGUCGAGUGAAGAAAGACAAGAAAUAAUCUGUGGGUAGUAGUCAUCAAGGACCCCAUUCAGGGACAUCCCAGCAUGCCAAGCAGCUCAGAGGUGAUCAAAGAUCCUAUUAAACCUCCAGGCCUGGCACAGGGCCUAAACAUGUCUGGCUCCUCUAGCUGGUGGUUUUCAACCUCUGUAUGCUGGGACCCGCCAUCCCGCUACAUCCUUGAGAUGAGAUGAAGCAGCAAGAAGAGUACCAAGUGCUUGGAAGAUGUCAUCCCAGGUACCUGGUACAUGGCAGGGGUCCUCACCAAGAUGUCAAAAAACCUCUUUCAUAUACGAAUUGUGAGCCCCCGGUUUGACCUCAGCACCUGGCUGAGCCACACAGUGGUGGAUGCUGGGACAGCCUUCUGCAUACCAGGAAGUGUUUACCGAAGCUUAUCACCGUCCACUGUGCCCUGGCAGAAAGACAGCAUCACCAUCAAGGGCUGGAAAACCACCACCAAGGGCAAAAAUAAUCCAAAAUUCCUCAUUAGCAAUACCAAGUGUUGUGACUGUGGAGAGAAUCAGAUCUUGCUUCAGAAUGAGUUUGCAGUCACACACAAUGACUCUGAACCUAACUGGCACCACACACCCCACUUUCUGACCCCACUCAAGCCACUCACUGUGGUCUGUGGCCAAGGCCACAUCAUGACUGGCACCUUCCUUGGGAACCCAUGGCUCAUGGCUGUCUACAAGGGUGAUGUCAACAUCACUGCCAAUUCAAAGAUCUGGCACAACUUCGCCGGCAGCCUAUGUAAACCAGUCAUCCCCACCUACACGCUAAAGGACGGCAGUGAGUAUUGCAUGUUGCUAAAAUAUGAACUAGGCAAGAACCACAAAAGCUCCAUGCUGCCUAUGGUGAAAUCACCACCAGGCACAGCCUCGGGGGAAGACAGAUCCACCCUGUCCAAGGGCAGGAGCUAG